UCUAAACAGCCAAUCAGAAUUCUUUACUUACAACAGCGUCAGCCGUGUUUGUAAGAAUUACUCACCGAAAGAUAUAAUGACAGUCGUCAGCACGAAUGACAACAACGAGAUUUCCUUCUAUAGAUACAGACAAUGGAUUAAAACAUAUGCCCUAACAAUGAGAGCUGGUUCGAAAGUUUAUAAUUCAUUCAUGAAUAUAGGAAAUACUUCAACCUGGAAAGUGGACAAAUGCAAUGGUAGCUUCUGUCCUAACUUCUUCCGACAUCCCUUCCUUGAUUUCUGGAAACAUCUUCCAAUUGAUGAGGUGAAACUAGUGGUUUAUAAAAACCAAACAGCUGUGGUUAAUAUGGUGUUCGAUGGACGAAAUACAAGCAUUGAAAGCUGGUUCUCUCGUGAAAAGUUGAAAAGCUCUCCUUGGUCGGACGUAUUUUCGGCUUCUGUCAAUCUCUUCUCAAUGGAAGGAUUUCAAUUCGGAAACAGCUGAUUCCAUGGCCAUCUUCAUCCGCUUGAAUUUGUAACUAACCAAUCAUAAGAUCUUCUUUAUACAACGUGACCACACGGCUUCUGUCAACCAAAUUCACUCACAAAUAAUUAGUUGCAUAGUAAAACCCGGGACUAUAAGUAGAAGACACUUGUCUAAGGUGCUGCACAGUACGAUUGAACCCGAAAGCACAUGGUUCCGAAGCUAACUUCUUAACCACACAACCACGCAUGUAACUAUGCAUGUGUGUAUGAGCAUAUCAAUGUAUGCUUAUUAUAUAUGUGUGUGUGUAUGCAUGUGCACACAUACAGGGUGACCAGAAUUAAUUAUUUUCAAUGAAAUCGGAAAAUUUUUUAGGAAACUCACUUUUAUUUACGUUUAUCAUGUUUAAUAUCCGUCAAAAACAUAUAAAUUUUUAAUUUUGCCUAUAAUUUUAUAAUUUUUCUCAUUUUAUAAAAUAACUUUUACAUUCCUGUUGGAUCCCGCUUUUCUGUCAACGAUAGCAUUGUUUUCAAUUUUGUUCAAUUCAUUUUCUCUGCCUCCACCCCCAGAAUGGAGCAAUAGUUUGGCUGGACUUAAAGAACGCUUUCCGUUAGCAGUGCAGGAGGUAUUUCCUACAAGGCUUCAAUUUUUGUUUCGUAACGCUCAGGACAGAUUUGAAACUUACAAAGAUUCAGACGGAGCACGUUCUAUAUUUGCAAUAUAGUUUUGACGUCAGGUUUAUAAAUUCUGUUUGAUUUGGUAUCAUAAUUAAAUAAUAAUCAUAAAAAAUUAUUCAGCUAUUUUUUAAAAGAAAUUAUUCGAUUUCAAUGAACUAGAAAGUUAACUCUGUGACACCGUGUUCGGGGUA